ACAUUUUAUUGGGUUCGGGAUGUAGAAUUACGUCCGGACCUAAUAAAAAUUCUUCCGAUGGACGCAAGUCGAUACGCCCACGUGAAGCUUCUCGCCGCCGACUUCCUCUCCCUCGCCGUAUCCUCCUCCGCUCCCCCAACCAUCUCCCGCCGCGGCCGCCCCAUCUACCGUGCAGAAUUCGUCGGCGUCGUCGUUUCCCGUGAUCGCCGGCCGAAGCUUCUCCGAUUCCUCAUCGACGACGGCUCUGGCUGCGUGCCUUGUGUCCUCUGGCUUAACCACGACCUGCUUUCUAAGUCAUCCGUUUUCGCCUCUGGAGACGAUCUCGCCGCCUCCGCUGCCAGAGAUCACGCCGGGAAGGUAAACCUCGGGGUGCUAGUUAGGGUUCGAGGUCGGGUGACGGUCUUCCGUGGCGAGCUACAGAUAACGGUGAAGGACGUACUCGUGGAGAGGGACCCCAACGCGGAGAUCUUACACUGGUUGCAGUGUAUUAAACUCGCACGCGACUGUUAUGAUCUGCCGCUGGCGGCCGUGACGAAAGUCUGAAAUUGGGCAUUUUGGGGCGUAACAACUGUUUGAUGAUUUGCCCAAGUGAGAUUUUUGCUAAGACCCUUCUCGCCAAUUUGGUUGUUUAAAAUUAAAAGACAAGUUUUAAGGAACCAUAAUUUUGUUAAUUGCAUUUUUAUUUUGAUGUAGUUCAAAUUAAA